AUGUCCCAGUUAAACCCAGUUCAUCUGGGGCAGCAGGAUGGGAACCAGCAAGCGGCGCAGCCCGAGAAGGUCGGCUGGGUGCGGAAAUUCUGCGGGAAAGGCAUUUUUCGAGAAAUCUGGAAAAACCGCUACGUGGUGCUGAAGGGGGAUCAGCUCUACAUCUCGGAGAAGGAGGUUAAGGAUGAGAAAAACAUGCAGGAAAUGUUUGACCUGAGCGACUACGAGAAAUGCGAGGAGCUCAGGAAGUCCAAAAGCAGAAGUAAGAAGAACCACAGCAAAUUCACCCUCGCGCACUCCAGGCAGCCUGGGAACACGGCACCGAACCUGAUCUUCCUGGCAGUGAGUCCAGAAGAGAAAGAGUCCUGGAUUAACGCGCUCAACUCAGCAAUCACACGYGCUAAAAACCGCAUCCUGGACGAGGUGACUGUYGAAGAGGACAGCUACCUUGCCCACCCCACACGGGACAGAGCGAAAAUACAGCACUCCCGACGCCCCCCGACACGGGGCCACCUGAUGGCUGUGGCAUCUACCUCAACCUCCGACGGCAUGCUGACGCUCGACCUGAUCCAGGAGGAGGACGCCUCGCCGGAGGAUCACAGCACUUGCGAAGGGAGCUUCCGUGUGGACCUCGAUAAGUCCGUGGCUCAUCUCACUGCUGGCCGGCACCGCUCGGAUUCGGAGAAYGUCAAGUCGGAGAAAGGGCGGACGGGGAGUCUCCCGAGGCGGGAAGUGAGCUCAUGGGACAGGCCAGGGCAGCGCAACGACUCCUUUGACAAAGGGACCAUGUACACUCCGCAGGUCCCCAAAAAGCUCUCGCUCUCGGAAAAGAACAAAUGUGCCUCCAUGGAAGAAAUCCUGUCRCGGCGGGACUCUUCCGCGCACCGGGCGGUGCUGAGGCGGGGGCUGGAGGCUCACUUCGCCUCGGCGGAACCAGAGCAGCUCUCCCGGAUACAAGAACUGGUUGCACUAAAACUGGAAAAAACUCAGGAACUGCUGACGGAGGUGAAGGGCUAUGGGGAAGGCAAGAGAAAGACCAAGGAUUCCACCACCAGCAGCACCACCACCUCUUCAUCCUCAUCAGCCUCCAAGGCAGACUCUGAAAGGAUCCUGCAGGAAUCCGAGAGGUUGCUGGGAGAGGCUUCCUCCACCUGGAGCCAAGCCAAGAGGGUGCUGCAGGAGAUCAAGGAGUUGAGGGACCUGUACAAGCAGUUCGAACUGCAGCAGUCAGACUCGAAACCCAAACAGAGCUCACAGUCUCAGUACAGGAAGAGCAUGAUGUGAAGGCAAGCCUUGGGAUUGGGAGGGAGGGACACGGGCGGGUGGCCRUUUGGACAUUUUUUUAAUUAUUUACAGUGUUCAAAAGAGUAAAAGAGUGCCUGUUCUCACCCAAAUGUGCCCCUCCAAGCUUGAACCCUUUUUUUCCCUCCAUCACCCCGCCCCGAUGAAACAACCUCGUGUUCCAAUGAAUUCUUUCCAUUUAUA